CGGCCCGCGAGGGCCCGCGCUCCCCUCCUCCCCGGCGGCCGCACUCACCCGCUCCGGAAUCGGCCCUGUCGCCCCCGCCCGCACUCCAGAGCCGGCUGAGAACGGCAGCGGCGAGGGCUCCACGUGCAGCGUCUCUCCGGAAUCAGCAUGAUUCUUCAGAGGCUUUUCAGGUUCUCCUCUGUCAUUCGGUCAGCCGUCUCAGUCCAUUUGCGGAGGAACAUUGGUGUUACAGCAGUGGCAUUUAAUAAGGAACUUGAUCCUAUACAGAAACUCUUUGUGGACAAGAUUAGAGAAUAUAAAUCUAAGCGACAGACAUCUGGAGGACCUGUUGAUGCUGGUUCAGAGUAUCAGCAAGAGCUGGAGAGGGAACUUUCUAAGCUCAAGCAAAUGUUUGGUAAUGCAGACAUGAAUACAUUUCCCACCUUCAAAUUUGAAGAUCCCAAAUUUGAAGUCAUCGAAAAACCCCAGGCCUGAAGAAAUAAAGUAAAAUUAAUCUGGUAAUUUGUCACGGGUUAGUUGUACAACUAGUUAGAAGUUUCAGAAUAAACAUGCAUUUCAUAACUGUCAAAUGUUCUUUUAAUUCUGAGUCCAAAUAAAUUAUUUGGUGAUGUUGAA